AUGGCUGAGGAGAACGAUUUCUCGUCCUUUGACGAGAACGCCUGGAAGGCCCAGGAUGCCGCCGACGAUCGAGAAAUCGCGAAACUACUGGGAGAUUCGCAAAACAACGGAGGCGGUAUCGUUCUCGACAAUGUCGCAUUCGAUCAGUCAGGCAAGGCGGACGAUGCAGAGGAUUACGAAGAUAUCAGUGACGAUGAUUUACCAGACGAGGAGGAGCCCAGCGCUGGUGUCUCUAUGGAGAUGCCUGGCCUCACGGACGAUGGCGGAACCAGUCAUGAUCCAGAUGAUCUCUUUGGAGAGGGGCCUUCUUCUCCAGAUCCAAUUCUAGGUCCCUCUUCCCCAGCACCUCACAUUCGCGAUGCCGAUACUACCGACGACACCCAACCUCUCGAUGCGAGUCUAAGCUUUCCAGGCAUCAACUUUGACCCCGAACCACAUCUCGAUAAUCAGGAUCAUGACAUCCCCGCACCCGCUGAAACCGUCGAGGACCUCCUAAAAGCUACAUGGCCUGCUUUCAAGAAGGGGCACAUCUUGACAUGGAGCGAACUCCUACCAGCCAAGAAGGCCACAUGGAAGGAAAAGAAACCCGUCAAAAAGCCCAAGCAGCUCGUUACCAGCAAGCUUACACUCGAACUCGCUCCCGAUCAAGAGAAGCUGUUCCGUAUCCCAGGCACUGCAACCGUCACCCGCAAACCUAGGCAGGGCGAGGAGAGAGGUUUAGUGUACUGUGGCAUGGAUCACGAAGAUCAAGCCCAAGAUAAUGUCCAGUUCGAUCUCGAUCAAGAGUCCGAUUCCGAAACGGUUGCUGGAUUCACCCUACGUGAUAUUGAGCUUGCCUGCGAAGAUUGGGGCGCCAGCAUCGAGGCUAUCGAAGCUGAUUUCAAGGCCCGACAAGCCGCCGAGCAGCAGGAACAGCAAGCACGGAAGCGCGUGUUUGAGGAGCAGGACGAUGAAUGGGAUGCCGAGUUCCUGAUGGACCUUGGCGAUGAUGGACCAUCACGACCAAAGAAACGGAAGACAGUCAAACUUGGCCUACCAGAGAUCCCCCGAUACGCUGCACCCUCCUUCGACAACUUCGAAGACGCCACCCGCAGAGGUGCCAAGAGGGUGCAACUGGAUAUGAGCGAUCCUUACCUCCUUAUCGAAACUCAGGAAACUCAGCGGAAUGCAAAGCGACCUCGCACAGAUAACAAGCUGAAGCGCAUGGCAAACGGCAACCUCGGCCGCGAUGUCUCCAACCGGUUCAACAUCUCGAAUGACGAGGCGUACGAGGCUUUGAAGGAAAACCAUCAAAGCAAGGUCCGCGCUACACUCGGCAACAUUUCUGUCGAGCACAGCAUGCCCGCUAUCAAGCUCUCAUGGCCGUACUACAAAGUUAAGCUCGGUGGUACGACAGAUGAGUAUCAUCGCCCUCGUUUCAGGUACAAGAAAUUUGCUGGUCAUAUCAUCAAGUUUGAUAAGCCGGCACACCAGAAGCGAAAGCAAAUGAAGGGCAAAGCGCAUGAAGUCUUCCUCAAGUCCAAGGAUUUGAGUAUUAACGACAACUCAACGGCUGUUCUUUACGAGUACUGUGAGCAACGUCCACGAGUGCUCAGCAGCUUCGGUAUGGGCAACCGCUUGAUCAACUACUAUCGCCGGAAAGACACCAACGAAGAUGAGCAACUGCCGAAACAAGAACUUGGAGAGUAUCGCAUGCUUCUUCCUGAAGAUCGAUCCCCCUUCUCCCUUUUCGGUACUGUUGACCCCGGUGAGACUGUGCCAACGUUGCACAACGAGAUGUACCGAGCUCCCGUCUUCAAGCAUAACCCAAGAGGUAGUGACUUCUUGGUUGUGCGCAGCACUACUGGUGAACAUGGUUCGAGGUGGUUCCUGCACAAGAUCGAUCAUCUUUAUGUCGUCGGUCAGCAAUUCCCUUCAGUCGAGGUUCCAGGACCACACAGUCGCAAGGUCACGAAUGCCUCAAAGAACAGAAUGAAGAUGCUCGCAUUUCGCAUGAUAAGACAUAGUGAUACCGACAACUGUCAACUGUCCGACAUCACCAAGCAUAUUGCCGACUCCACCGACACUCAAAAUCGUCAGAAGCUCAAAGAAUUCCUACAGUACGACAGGGAAAGCGGCGAGAAGGGUAUGUGGCGACUGAAACCUGGCGAAAUACUGCCUGAUGAGAGUACGAUUCGUUCCAUGAUUAAGCCAGAAGAGGUUUGCCUACUCGAUGCUAUGCAACUUGGUAUCAAGGAGCUUGAGGAUGCCGGAUACGACCCUCGAAAUGCUUCCCUCGAGGAAGAUGUUCAGAACAACGAUGCAGAUGGGGACGAUGAUGAUGUCGAGGAUGAAGGCAGCAAGAUUACCAAGGGCGCCAAAAAGCAGCAAGAGAAGCAAGAAGAAACUCUCGCGGACAAGAUGGCCCCAUGGAAGACAACCAAGGCUUUCAUCGACGCAUGCGCCCAAAAGGCCAUGCUUCAACUUCAUGGUGAAGGAGACCCAACGGGCCAUGGUCUUGGCUUCUCCUUCAUUCGAACCUCCAUGAAGGGCGGAUAUAUCGAGGCAGUUCAGGGACCGCUUGCUACAUCUGCAGAUGCUAUGGAGCGUGAAAAGCGAGCUAAUGGUGGCCACGCCUAUAAUGUCAAAAAGCAGCAAGCAAUGUACGAGGAAGGUAUUCGAGAAAUUUGGGAGAAGCAAAAGUCUACACUUUCAGAUGGUCAAGAGCAUGACGACAAAGAUGUUGCAGUAACAGAAGACGAAGAUGACAGAUUCAACGUUCAGUCAGCCAUGACUCCAGCCCAGUUCGACGACGGUACUAGCCAAAUUAGUGGUUUGACUUCGGCAAGUCGACAGCAACGACGCGCUAUUCGCAUAACCCGAGAGAUCCGAAUGCCCGAUGGCAGUACGCAAGACCGAGUCGAAGUCGUUCACGAUCCGGUUGUGAUUUCGCAGUAUAUGAAACGGCGAACAGAGGCGGAUCUUGAGAUGAGAGACAUCUACAGCUCCCGUCCUACAGGCAAUGCCGACCAUGACCGUCUUGCAGGCAUUAGAAUCAAGAAGGAGCUCGAACGACUCGAGAAGAACAAAGCUCGACGACAGGCUCGGGAGCAACAAAAAGAGCUCCACCAAAAGGCCAGCACAGGAGAUGCCGGGUCACCCAGUGUCAAUGGCGAUAAAGUCCCAACUGGAACAACCCGCAAGUGUGCCAAUUGUGGCCAAGUUGGUCACAUCAAGACAAACAAGAAGUUAUGUCCACUGCUUAACGGCACGAUGAAGGCGGAUAAUGGCGCUGCUGAGCAUGGAGGAUUUGGUAACUACAAUGCUCCAGGAGGCGCUGCUGGAUCCCCCAGUUAG